AUGGGACGGCGACCUUUCGAAUCAAGCUUGCGAAGACCUACAAAAUUAUCUUUGUUUCUUUGGAGGAACUUCAACAAUCCCAGCUUACCGCUUGAGAACAAGUUGCGAGUAACGCUCAAUGCCGGAACUAGAAGUGAGAAAGAAAAAGUGGAGAGAAUGGAAAUUGGAGCGCACUAUGGAUGCAGCGGCUUGCUCUCAGAAGAUAAACUCAACCUUCAAAGUUCUGUGCCUCUACCAGCCUUGAGCCGUACGUGGAACAGCUGCACAUUCACAGGUUUAUUGAUAGGUUUUCACGUGUGCAUGCUUUGA